AUGGUCGGCCAACCUUCGAGGAGAUCCCAGACGUGGCAGUGCCUGACUCGAUGUGACGAAGCGGCCAGCAGAGCGGAUGUAGUGAUCCACAUCGUGACACCGCUUGCAUACACCGACUUGACGGAAAAGCUCGUCAAACCCAGCUGGGCAAUGGUCCACAAUAUCCUGAAUGCAGCUGGUCGGUCCUCCCGUGUCAAAAGAGUCAUCAUCACGGGAAGUACAGUCUCGACGUUCCGAAUCCCCGACGAUGUGAUGUCGGGCAAGAGCUUCUCUGCAGAUGUCUGGAACUGUAUCCCGUUUGAGGAAGCUGAGACCGACGCGGUCAAUGCAUACCAGUAUUCCAAGCCUCGAGGGUUUGAUUUAGUAUCUCUGUUUGCGCCUUCCAUCAUCGAGUAUAGACCUCAAGAAGAAUUCAAACCGCUCAAGACCAGUCUCGGCGGUCAGGCCAAAAUCCAUGGGAUAUAUCUUUCGCUCCUCUGUGCCGGGUAA